AAAGUGUCCGGGUAGGUGAUAUUUAAAACAAGAUGUUCCUUGAAAAAUAAUUAAAAUUUAAAGAAGCCGGCGAUCACAACUUGAUUGCUUUAUCCGUUCGUUUAACUGAUUUUAAUCGAUUAGAGGUUAAACGACACUCGACAGCUAAUUGGUGUUAAUCUGUUGUGUAAUGUCAAUAAAGGUGUGAAAACUCGCGAGUCCAUGUUUAUUACAUGUAUUCCCUAUCAGAGCGGUUCGGUGCGCUAAUUUCAAUAAGAUUUGAUGGCAGAUUGUUGGCAUAAUGCAGAUGGUUUAUGCAGGGCAAUCAAUGCUGUUGCCAUGAGCAACUGAUGAUGAUCAGACAAAGACUUAUCUACAUCUACUUUGCAGGCACUGGUCUGGCACUGUUCUGGAUUUUUGUUAACUUUGGAACGUGGUGUGAGGAUAACUCCGAUUACUUGGAGCUUGAGAAGAAAAAAGUGCAACUCUUACAACAGAAGACAGACACACAAAGACUUGAAAUCGAUGUUCUCAAGAGACUAAACGAUGACACUAAGCUGGACUUGACAAGAGCAGAGAAAAAGCUCAAUUCACUUGUUAUUAAUAACAACAAAGACAUUCCAGUUAUAUAUCUCAUCACUCCUACACAUGGUAGACUUGAACAGAAGGCAGAUUUAACGAGACUGUCAUAUACUUUGCGAUUAGUGCCGAAUAUCCACUGGAUUAUUGUUGAGGAUUUGUCUCGAAAAUCUGAUCUUGUGACAAACUUCCUUGCAAAUUGUAAACUGCCAUACACACACCUGUUUGUCGCAACGCCUGACAACUAUAAACUAAAAGAGAAGGAUCCAAACUGGCUCAAGCCGAGGGGAGUUCUACAAAGAAACAAAGGCCUGCAGUGGCUUAGGAACCAGACUGGUGUUACCGGUGUUGUGUACUUUGCAGACGAUGACAAUACCUAUGAUCUCAGGAUUUUUGAAGAGAUGCGCUACACACAGAGGGUUUCUGUUUGGCCUGUGGGUCUGGUGGGCGACCUGAAAUAUGAGUCCCCAAAACUCAGGAACAAAAAGGUUGUAGGAUGGCACACUUAUUGGAAGCCAGAGAGGAAGUUUGCUAUGGAUAUGGCGGGAUUUGCAAUCAAUGCCCGUCUUCUGUUAGAGCAUCCACGCGCGGAGUUCCGAAUGACAGCUGGGCGCGGUAACCUCGAGUCUGACUUGCUGACUCAGUUAGGAGUUGAAUGGAGUGACCUUGAACCUAGAGCUGAAGAUUGCACCAAGGUACUGGUGUGGCACACACGGACUGAGAAAUCUUCCUUGAAGAAUGAGGGGAAAAUGAAGACGUAUUACAACACCAGCUCAGACAUCAACAUUGAAGUAUAGACGCUAGAUCAGCAAACUUUACAAAUAAAGCACUUAUGAUAACAAGUUGUUUACUUGACAGAUGUAUAAUUACAGGUGGGGCAUAUGCAUUGAGGAAUACACAGGAUCUGUGAAGUAUUGUAAUAUAGUGCCAGUUUUGUAUUGUGCUCAUUGUCUCAGAUGAUCUGGUCUUUAUUGGAUGCAUCAUUUAACAUUGGGUAGGGAAUGAUGCUUUAUCAAGUGCCAUACACAAGUGGUGUAUUCAUGAGCAACUUGCUUUGUGAAUGAUUUUACGUUAAUGUUGUCAUUUAUAAUUACAAGGAUGACGUUUUUACGUGCAGUUCCCAAAAACAUCUUUUUCCUGAUGCCAUGAUCUUGCACAAGAUUAUGUUAUUAUUGUUCUGUAUUAAAAUGCAUGCGUAAAACUAACUUGGUGCUAUAAAUAUACCCCAGCAAUAAAUUUCAGGGGGAUUAUACUAGACUUCCCCUGAACAUCCAUCUGUCAUCUGUCACAAACUUGUCAAAUGAAGUUCUCCUACACUUUAAUAUAACUUGAAACAUGCAUGUACUGAUCCUUAUGUGUAUUACAUUGUGAAUAUGCCAUUUAUAUUAGUAUCUGUUAAAAGUGCUGAAGUUGUUGUCUUUUGUAGCUCAACUUAGCACAACAGGACUAUGGUGAUCUUUUGCAUGUAGCAUCGUUUUGUGAUGGUCCUUUGCCAAUUUUGCUUAAAUUAUGCCAAAACUGGCCUCGUCUUGGAAUCACCUGUUUACAUAGACUUGCAUGGAGAAGCAUUAAAAAAUCUUAUCUCAAAGUGCAAGGCCUAAGGCUUGCAUAUUUGAUUUGUUGCAUCUUAAUAAUUUGUGUGUAGCAUUCUCUAAAGGUCCUCUUUCAAGUUUGUUCAAUUUCUGCUUUUCAAUUCAAAACUGGCCCCCCCUCUAUGUUCACCAGUUUUACAUAGACUUAUAUAAGAAAAACAUCUUGUCUUAAAGGGGCAGGGCAGUGGCAUUCAUAUAUUUUUCAUAAAGCAUAUUCCAGAGAUUAUAUAAUUUAACAAAAAGUUCCCCUGGGGUGAAAAGUGGCUUAGCCCCAGGGGUCAUAUAUUUGGAAUAUCUAAAAAAAAUCUAAUUUUGGAAAUAAAUUGAUCCAAUUUAAAAGGAUGGGAGAGUCCACUAGGCAUAAAUGGGUUAAAACUAACGCUCAAUGAUGCAUGUGUCCAUUUUUGCCCAUCUGUUGUCAGGUUCUGUUUUGACAGCUUAAACUCCAUUGCCAUCAAAUGGCUUUCCCAUUUGAUUUUUGCAUACAUGAUUUCAUAUGCUUAUUCAUAUCCAGCAAAAUUUAUUUUGAGAGGGCAAUACUAUUAUAGUCAUAUUGUUGUUGUUAUGUCUGCAUACAUUGUUAAGAUACAAAAAAAUGUAUAGUGACACAAACUACUGUAAAACCCUGCUAUGAAGACUACUCAAGGGACUUUAUGGGAAUGCAUAGCGGGUGGUCUUUAAUUCAAGAUUGACAACUUGACAAACCAUCAGCUUAUUACAUGUGCAAUUAUGUUAAUAAGUCCACAUUUAGGGAAUGUAUUGUUACAAAUAAAAAAUAUAAAGGAA